GCGCGUUUAGGGUCCUCUACCCGCCGCACAAGUGUAAUGAUAUUUGCAUUGUGAUAAGCCAACAACCGCCGCCAUCAGCAUAUGCAGGCAGCGGGUGGCGUUUUAUAAUGCCCAAACCACUCCGCUGCUUCCGCUCCUCCGCCCUUGCCAUCGAGAAAAGAACAAUAUACUUCAAUGUAUACGAGACACACCCGGGGCUCCAGCUGAACAGGUCCGGGCUGAGCUGAGCUGUAUGAGCGAAGCAUGCGACAAGAGACACCGGCGCAGGUACGCGCGCAGCAAUCACCGAAAACUGCGCAACACAGCAGAGCGCACCACCAACGCCGCCCUCGCGUUCUCUCCUCCCCUCCCUUGUCCCGUCCGCAAAACGAAACGAAAUGAAGCGAAACGAAGCGUGGCAAGCGGAUUGUCAUCUAUCUAGAAUGGGAGAGAUCUCCGACGCUGUGCUGUCGGUGUAAGGCGUAUUGCCUGCUGCUGCUGCUGCUGCUGCUGCUGCCGAUGGCUCGCGUGUGUGCGCGUUUGGGAUUUGGAGUUAGUAACGCGUUGGAACGUCGCCGACUGCGCACUUGCGUCGGGCACACAACGGCCGGGGUGAUUCCACAUGGUGAGUGAGUGAGCAACCCCAGACACUGAGAAGCUCUCUAUCGACGGAUUCCGGUUGUUUGUCGCGUCUUUUUGUUUUGUUUUCGCCGUGUUUCGCGCUUGCGUUUGAGCUGAGCCCCUCUCCCAGCAAAGCGAGGCGAAGACGGUAGAGUCGCGCGCACACCAUGAACCUGAACGAGUGGGAUCGCAAGAAGAUCUUCCGCCACGGCGCCACCGCCACCCAUCAAACCCCCAGCGCCCAGCAGCACCUGUACAGCCCGUACGGUCAACCGCAGCAGCAGCAGCACCACCAUCAACCACACCAUCAUUUGCCGCACCAUGGUUCCCAUCAUCCGCAUCAGGGGGACGCGUCCGAGUACGCGUUCACCGCCUCUGGCUCACCGAUCGAGGACGGGGACAUCGAGUACGAGCGGAAGGGCGGCUGCUUCGUGUCGAUCUGCCGCGGCAUCAGCAUCGCGGUGCUGAUCUUCGUCUUCAUCUUUUUCAUGGCGUUUACCAUCUUCUUCAGCACAAAGUAUGCGUACGAGCACAAACCCAACCUAACGCUCGAAGACUUCCUCAACCAUCGGGCCUACCUGAUCGACAAGCGGGCCCGCAUACCGAAGCACGUGAUACCCAAACACUACCGGCUGUUCAUCCAUCCCGUCUUUAACGAAACGGACCACCCGUUCAGCUACACCGGCAUCGUCUGGGUGACGGUAACGUCCAAAAAGCCCAACAACAAGCGCAUCGAGCUGAACGUGAAAAACCUCAAGAUCCGGCUGGAGAACGUGACCGUGCUGAAGAGCAUCCGGCUGACCAACAACGACUUUGACGAAGAUCUCGACUGGGACCUGAGCGAGGAGGACCUGUACUCGCUGCCCCGGCUGAACCGCCGGCGGCGACGGCGUCGCCAGGCAGAACUGCCCGUGACCCAGCUACCGCAGGACGCUGCCGGCGCGGACGAGACCGAAAGGGAAGGAGAGGAAAAGGAGGAUGUGUCGGGGGAGGUAGCGGGUAGCGAAACGAGAGUGGCCGAACCGGGGACGGUGGAUCCCGGGCCGAACAGUAGCGGCAGCGUGGAGAAUGCGACCAUCAUCGACAAGUCCAAGUUCUACCAUCAUCCCGUGUUUCCGGCCGACGAUUUCGUCACGAUCAAAAUACUGGACAUCGAGUUCGACGAGUCAAACGAGAAGAUGAUCAUCUUUCUCGGCACGGAGAUGAAGAAGGACAUCUACUACAUCGUGAAGGUGAACUUUUUCGGCAACAUGACGAACGACAAGGGGCUGUACUACACGCACUACGAGGAUGAUGGUCCCGAUCACAGACACUUUGCCGCGACCGUGCUGGAGCCGAACAAUGCGCGCCGGCUGUACCCGUGCAUGGACGACCACAACUUCCGCUCGCCGUUCGAGCUGAACAUUGCGCGCAAGAGCGACAUGAACACCGCGUCCAGCAUGAACCUGGAGAUGUCCGAGCCAAUGGAGACGGGCGACAUCGUGGUGGACACGUACAACACCACCGACAUGGUGCGGGCGUCCGAGAUCGGGUUCGUCGUGACGGACAUGGUGCCGGAGCGGUACCGCAUCACGGCGCGGGUCAGCCUGCUCGCCUUCACCCGGACGCGGUACGACGAGAACAUCAAGAACGCGACGAGCGUGUUUUCGCGCGCCCUGCAGAUCUACGAGCAGUAUCUGGGCGUGCCGUUCCCGUACGAGGUGAUCCGGUACGUGACGAUACCGAACAUCGACCACCAGACGUACGAGAUCAAGGAGGGCAUGGUGCUGUCGAGCGAGAAGCGGCUGAUCAAGACGGCCGACUACUUUCCGCCGCUGGACAAGAGCAUCAGCCGGGAGGUGGCGAACGAGCUGGCGAAGCUGUUCAUCCACAAGCUGGCCGACUACAAGAACAAGGAAACGUACUGGCUGCACGAAUCGCUGCCACUGUACCUGGAGGCGCUGGCGUUGCGCAACAUGACGACCGCUAACUCGACCACGCUGGACGACUUCCUGCUCGAGGGCCGGCUGCGCUCGAUGCGCGAGGAGAUGAACACCAAAACGUCCGCGCUCAACAUCUUCACCAACCACUGGGAGGAGGACACGCACUUCGAGCUGGUCAAGUACAAGGGGCUGAGCGUGCUGCGCAUGAUGAACUAUACGCUCGGGCAGCGCACGUUCGAUCGGUUCGUGCGCGAGUACUUCCGCUACCGGAUGGAGAGCGAAUCGAUCGACGUGAUCGACAUACUGAACGGCGGCAACGGGGAGGGCGCUAGCCGCACGGACGGCGUGUUUCACAGCUUCCUGUACAGCUGGAGCAGCCUGGAGAAGUACCCGAUCAUCAACAUCCGGCGGAACAAUGCGACCGGGUACUACGAGCUGCGCCAGAUACCGCUGCCGUUCGAGGAGGAGCCGGCGGAGCAGCUCUGGACCGUGCCGGUCACCUUCAUCAACGACACGAACCAGCGGCUGUUCGUGGAGAAGGUGCGCUGGCUGACGGACGAGGAAAACCUGCUCACGGUCCAGUCGGACUGCAGCACGUCCAACGGCAGCGCGUCCUGGAUCAUCGUCAACCCGAGCGGCAUCGGUUAUUAUCGCGUUAAUUAUGAGCCGGCCCACUGGAUCAAGCUGGCGCACGUGCUGUACGGAAACUUCCACUAUCUGCCGUACACGACGCUCGCCAUCAUCGUGGACGACGCGCUCAAUCUGGCCCGGCUGGGGCUGCUGAACUACUCGGUCGCGUUCAACGUGGUGUCGUUUCUGAAGCACAACAACGAGCACUACCAGCCGUGGAAGCUGGCGCUCAGCAAUCUCGAGUUCGUGUACCACGCGACGGAGGAUCUGCCCAGCUUCCGGCACGUGGAGCGCUUCCUGGAGUAUCUCAUACUGAGCAAGUACGAGGAGAUCCAGCGGGGCAACGAGACGGCCCACUACAACCCGCUGAUCAAGGAGCUGAUCGUGCAGUGGGCCUGCAAGCUCGGCGUCACCUCCUGCAUCGAGCAGCACAAGGCACUGUUUCAGGCGAUCCUGCGCAACCAAACGGUGUCGCCGUUCGAGCAGCGGGAGGAGCGGCUGCACCGCAUCCUCUGCACCACGAUCAAGUACAGCGGGCUGGCGGAGUGGAAGCGGGUCGAGCAGCAGUACCGCGAGACGACCGACAUCAACUACCAGCGCAUCCUGAUCAAGAGUCUCGGCUGCACGCGCGAAAUCAGCAUGAUCAAGCGGUACCUCGGGCUGCUGAAGCAUCCGCACUUUCGCAUGUACAGCAAGGAGAUACUGACCGCGAUCAGCGAGAACAAGGUGGCGCUAAAGUACACGCUCGACUUCCUGUUCAACGAGUGGCUCGAUGUGCGCCUGUACCUCACGCUGCAGGACAUUUCGAUACUGCUGCGCAGCAUCUCCAACAUGAACGAGUUUAAGAUGUACGAGCAGAUCUUCUUCCGCUACUCGUACACGUUCCAGACGAUGGACAAGGAGAUACUGAAGCGCAUGCGGGACAUCAUCAUCAAGCUGAUGGUGUGGCGGCAGGAGAUCGCGCCCGUCAUCGAGUUCCGCCCGUUCGACUUUGAGCGGGACGGGGGCGAGUACCGGGACGCGAUGUACCUGUGACCUGUUGGCGUGUGGUUGGUUGAUUGUUUUUUUUUUUUUUGUUCAGCCCAGCAGCUUCCUCAGUUCGUUAUGUAGCUUUAGCCGCGUUUCUGAUCGUUACUUGUUUAGGGUCGAAUUUUAGUGCAACCGGCACAGUUAGGAAUAGGAUUUAUGUGUGUUUGUUUGGUCAAUAAAAAGAGGCAGUAGAUUGAACAAACGGAUGCGUGGCCCCUCUGCUCACCCUUACAAAAACUUA